UUCCUUGCGUUUGUGCGGAAGUGAGAUAGCAGCAAGGAAGAGCUCCCCACUAAGCCGGUCAGAAGCUCAGUCGCCUUUCACGAGCACGGUCGGUUGGGCGGCUCUGUGUCGUAGGUACAAAUUGUAAAUGUGAGCAUCGUUCGUUUGAUACAUAAAUUCCAUUCGUAUUCAAGAAGGAGAGAGAGAGAGGCAGUUUAUUGACUUGGCCGCGGGGACAGGAUCUCUCGACGGAUCGUCCUCAGAUUCGUCGUGAGAGGGCCGGGAAGACAGUGCACACCGGUGACAGAACGCGUGGUUACUGUCAAACAGUGUACUCGUACGAUUAUCGAGAUCCUCGUACAUACGUUUCGAGACAUCUUGUUCGCGGUACUACGAAUAUCUGGAUUGCGGGUAAAAUCAGUGCGAGAGGACCCGUUUCCGUUUCCGUUUCGCUCACGUCGCGCUGUUGCCGGUGUUUACGCCUUUGAGCCGAAAAUAUUUACGCGCGCGAAACCAUUUGUCGAAGAGAAUCGGCGACGUUUAUUGUAAAAAGAGUAUCGUAUUCGUGUUCGUGGCAAGAGUCAACGGUAUGUCUUCCUUCUUGGCAUAACUUCCCACACACCGUACACCUGGCUGGAGAUUCCUCGAAGAUGACGAGUAGACACGCGGAACGAGUUCCUGUUCGUGCACGGUCAAAGCGUCGAGGACUUGAUGCGCACAACAUGAGGUUUCUCAAGAAGCUUACUGCACUCCUGGUAAUUUGUCUCUCGACUACAUGCACUGGCGCCAACAAUGUAAACGAGCCACCUAUUCUGGAGGCCAGUGGAUACCCUGCGGGCUUGCCGCUUCUAGAAUCAACCAAAGUCGGUACGGAAGUGUUCGUCCUCAAGGGGCACGAUCCCGAAGGAUCACCAGUGAAAUAUGGUAUACAACUCACGGACCAUUUCGUUGUGAAUCCACGCACUGGCGUCAUCACGUUGGCGAAACCACUCAAUCGCGAGGAAAACGACACGAUACGGUUCCGCGUUACGUUAGAAGACGAAGUACCCUCGGGUCAGCAACCGAACAUCGUCGGUGUCGAUGCGUUUGUGAUCGUCCUCGACGAAAACGAUAAUCCCCCGCACUUCCUGGGCGUACCCUACGAGGCAGUGGCCGAAGAAGACCUACCAGUUGGUUCGACGAUUCUUCCGGGCAUUCGAGUAAUGGAUCCCGACCUGUUGGGCGACAUCAUAGAUCUAACCUGCGUCCCUCAGCCACAGUUCCUCGACGCUUGUGAAAAGUUUGGUAUCGUUAACGUAGAGAGAAGCCAGAAUGCUUACGUGGGAGCUCUAGUGUUGCGGCAGCCACUCGACUACAGGGAGAGGCCUUUUUACCAACUACUACUCAAGGCGAGCGACGGAUUGAACAACGAAACCACGGGGGUGGAAAUCAAAGUGGCAGACAUCCAGAAUAGCCCCCCGGAGUUUCUGGACUCGCUAACCGGUGUGGUGCGCGAAGAUGAUCCCAUCGGAACCUUAGUCAUGACCAUCAAGGCUAGAGACGGCGACCGAGGGAUGCCAAGGAAAAUGAUCUACGAAUUGGUCACGAACCCGUUCGACUAUUUUCUACUGGACGACGAAACCGGCGAGCUGAGAACGGCAAAACCACUGAAUAGAGAAGCGUUAAAGGAUUCUACCGGUGUGCUUACAUUGACGGUAAAAGCGCGAGAAUUGAUCGAUGGGAUGCCAGGUAGCGAUGAUUUGACGGUUUCCAUGGCGGAAGCAACGGUGACGAUAAAAGACGUCAACGACGAGCCCCCUACUUUCAAUCGGCGCGAAUACAAUAUCGAAAUUCCAGAAAACGUACCGAAUGGCACACCUCUGCCGCAUUUAGACAUGACUGUCAAAGAUCCUGACGUUGGACUGAACUCCGUAUUUUCCUUGCGUCUGGAAGACAUUACGGAUGGCGCAUUUACCAUCGAACCGACUAUGGCGACUGGAAGCACUUCCGUGAACAUUCGUGUUGCAAAUGGCUCGCUCGAUUAUGAGAAUCCUAACCAACGUAAAUUCAUCAUCCUGGUAGUUGCGGAAGAAGUUCACACGAAUCCCAAGCUUAGUUCCACUGCAACCGUAACUGUCUCCAUUACGGAUGCAAAUGAUAAUUCACCUUCUUUCACUAGACCCGCUUAUACGGCUGUGGUGCUGGAAACCGCGCCACCAGGCACGCCAAUUAUAACAAUCACUGCUAAAGAUCGCGACAGUGGACGAUUCGGUACAGCUGGAAUAGCUUAUCAACUGCUCGGACAAGGUACUCAGCACUUUUCCGUAGACAAGAAAACGGGAACUAUUACGGUAGCUGCUUGCUCAACGCCUGGAUUGUCACCGUGCUUAGAUUAUGAAGAACAAACUGAAUAUUUCCUCACAUAUAAGGCAACCGAUGAUGACGGGCAAGGACAAACAACAAGCGUUUCGUUGCGUAUCAGCUUAUCGGAUGCUAAUGACAGUCCACCACGAUUUUUACAAGAUAAAUAUCGCGCAGUUAUAGACGAAGGGGCUGAAAAAUUUGAACCUGAGCUGAAAGUGCAAGCCAGAGACAAAGAUAAAACGUCUAAAAUUACGUAUACGAUAGUAGACGGGAACGAAAUAGGAUUCUUCGCAAUAGACCAAGAUUCUGGUGAAAUCACUGUAACAAAUAAAAGCCCGGUCGACUUAACAAAUUCGACCCGCGAUUGGAUCGCGUUGGUCGUACAAGCAAACGACGGGAUAUUUGUUGAUUCUGCUGUCGUGAACAUCACAAUUCGCGACGUCAAUAAUAACGCGCCGAUCUUUCCCCAUGACUUGUACACUGCUAGCAUACCAGAGAUAUCUCCAAUUGGAACGGUCGUGGAAGAAGUCACAGCAACCGAUGCCGACACAGGAAUUAAUGCAGAACUCGUUUAUAGAAUACAAAAAGGAGCUUUCGAUGAUUUCACUAUUAACGAAACGACAGGGAUAAUAACAGUAUUUAGAAAGUUAGACUACGAUAAUAAAAAUACGUAUCACGUGGAAGUGAUCGCGUUCGACAAAGGUACUCCUAGUUUAACUGGAACAACAACCUUAAUGAUAAGCGUUGAAAACAGUAACGACAAGGCUCCGUUCUUUACACCGGAAACACAGCGAGCCGAAGUCACGGAAGAUACGCCUAUUGGUACCGUCUUCACAUCGUUAAAGGCUAAAGAUCCAGACAGUGCCAACUUGGAAGCAUUAAAUUUUGCCAUUUCGGAACCUAUUACAGCGAUCGAUAGAAAUGGUCAAAGGGUUAACGACAGCAAAUCCUUCAAAGACUUCUUCGCUGUCGACCGCGCAACCGGUCAAGUUUCAGUAGUUAGACCGUUGGAUCGUGACAGUGCAGCGACUGUGAGCAUCACUGUCGUUGUUAGCGACACAACGGCUCCCACCUUACAACAAGGAAGAGGCACUCUAGUGGUCACAAUUAUCGAUGUAAAUCACAUGGCGCCGGAAUUUUUGAAACCGUGGACUCGAGAAAAUCCACGAUAUUUAAUUGAAAUGCAGGAAGAACAACCCACAGGCGCCGUUGUAGGGGCAUUUACAGCAGUGGACACAGACAGCAACAUAGCAGGAUAUGCGAUUGAACCUCCGAGUCCCUAUUUCAGCAUAGACAAUGUCACAGGAAUUGUACGAACUAGUCAAGUCAUCGAUUACGAAGAAACAAAACAAUUAGAGUUCACGGUAGUCGCUUACGAUUCUGGGGUGCCUCAAUUAUCCGCAACUGCGAAAGUAACAGUCACUGUAAUAAAUGUGAACGAUCAAGACCCUAAAUUCGAGAAGGAAAUGUACUACGCAUCUGUGAAAGAAAAUUCUCCGCCGGGAACUCACGUCACCGUAGUAAAAGCAGUCGAUGGGGAUGAGGGCCUAUUCGGGGAAGUCAGUUACAGUCUCAUCGGUGACCACGCUGCGGAUUUCAAUAUUGGUCACGAAACCGGGGAAAUCACCGUUGGCGGAGCUACCGUUCUUGACAGAGAAAUGACGACAGAAAUUACUAUAACAGUAAUGGCCAGUGACGGGGCUCAUAUAAAUUCUCGACGAAGCACCACCGUUCCAGUACUCGUCAAACUUAUCGACGUUAACGACAAUCGACCAAUAUUUUCCCAGCACAGAUACAGAGCUUCCGUUGCAGAAAAUUUACCUGUAAAUCCACCUGCGCCGAUUUUACAGGUAAGGGCUGAGGAUCACGACGAAGGAACUAAUGGAGAAGUUUGGUACACUAUAAUUCGUGGAAACGAGAAUGAGUCUUUCUCAUUGAAUCGCGAAACUGGAAUCUUGUAUCCUGGCGCGGCGCUUCUCGGCAGAGCUGGCUCUUACAGGAUUAAAGUGGAGGCAAGGGAUGGUGCUGGUGAAGGGCCACACUCAGAUAGAUGCUACGUCGACAUACGGGUGACACCAGUAAAUCAACACAAACCUCAGUUUGUCAUACCUGAAUUAACAAACGCUACCGUUGAAGUACCCGAAAACGCAGGUGUGCCAAAUUAUCUGAUAUUAACGGUGAAAGCAAUCGAUAGAGAUCCCGGUGAAAAUGGACGUGUGAGUUAUCAUUUAAAAGUUGGAAAUCGAAACACUCAAGAGACGGAAGAAUUUUCGAUAGAUCAAGAAACGGGCGAAUUAAGAUCAAAAAUUAUUCUCGAUCGUGAAGCAAAGAGUAAAUUUGAGCUUGUGCUGGUAGCUACCGAUCAUGGUACCCCUACAGCAUACGAAACUUUGCGGCUCCUUACAGUACAGCUGGUUGAUACGAACGACAAUGCACCGCAAUUUUACGAUGAAUACCAUUUUCACUUAUCAGAAAAUCGUCCGAAGGAUUACUUUGUGGGAAAAGUAAUUGCGGAGGACAAAGAUGAAGGAAGGCACGCAAAAAUUUACUACUACAUAGAAGCUGGAAACGAGGACUAUGCUUUCUACAUGGACAAAUCCGAUGGCAGUAUUUAUGCGAAUAAAUCGUUCGACCGCGAAACACGCGACAAAUACGUCUUGUCAAUUCUGGCUUCGAAUGAUCCUGACAUUUACAUAAAUCCCGUAGACGCGGGUCGUCCGUUAUCUCAAAGUACAGAUCACGGACACGUAAAUGUAACCAUAACUAUUUUGGAUGAAAAUGAUAACCCGCCCAUGUUCGAACGUAACGACUAUUACGCGGGUGUCAAUUCAAUGGCAAACGUAAAUGAUUUCGUGACAAAAGUGACGGCGUCGGAUUUAGACGUCGGGGAUAAUGGUACGCUUCAUUACUACGUUUCCAGUGCAAAUCUCUACAAGUAUGGAUCGGACAAACCUAGCGGCUCUAUAGUUCCGAGUCCGUUCAACGUAAGUCAGGAUGGCAAACUUGUCACAAGCGGAUAUAUGGCCGAAUAUAAUCAGGAUAGGUUCAUCGUUGAAGUUAUAGCAAAAGAAACUGCUAUUCCAGAGCGAUAUGCCAUGACUAGGGUUCACGUUUGGGUAUUUGAGCCCUCGCAAUUAAUAAGAGUUAUCCUAUCACGGCCUCCUGAGGAAGUGAAUCGCGAACGUGACGAGAUUGUAACGGAAUUAUCAAAUGCAACGCAAAACAGAGUUGUUGUUGAUGAUAUCCGAUAUCACGUGGAUGCAUCAGGUCACAUUCGUAGAGAAUGGUGUGAUAUGUAUUUACACGUUGUGGAGCCAAAAUCCCAGACCAUCGCUCCUGUACCACAAGUACUUAAGGUUAUCGAUGCGAAAUAUGAUUUUUUGAAGGACUACUAUGCUGGGUUUGCAAUUGAAAAUGUUGUGCCUGCUUAUGCUGGAGUACAGGAGGAAUCUUUCGAUCCAGCACUCGCAGCUUUGAUAGCCUUAUUGGUAGUUUUAUUAGUAGGCGCAGUUACAGUAACAGUAGUUUGUUGCUGUUUGCGUCAUUGGGUGAUUACUGUGCCAAACGAUAUACGAAAGAAAGACGGCCUAAUUAAGAAACAAAUAAUCGACGAGUUAAAUACCACAGAAAAUCCAUUAUGGAUUGAACAGAAGCUCAAACUAUAUGAAGAACAAGAACUAACAAUGCAAGUAUUUAGCGAACCCGAAGGUGGUCUGGGUACAGAAAGACGAGGAAGUGGCGUAAGUGUUGGUAUGGGCGACACAUCUCAAGAUAAUACUUACGCUACCAUACAACGUCCACUGCCUACAAACAGGCACCGUCCAACUACGCCAGAUUAUACAACGCUUCCAGGAAAUCACAAUCUUUAUGAAUCUGCCAUGGGUUUCCAAGGAUCAACCUUCCAGCCAUCCUCAAAUGUGAUGCCACAACUUACACUUGAUCACGAUGGUCAACCCCAGUUUGUUUCUGGACUAGUAUAAAUUAAGUUUCACGCGAAUCCCCCCUCUCAAUCAAUGUAUAACUUCAUCACCAUACGUUGUACCUCUUUAUUCAUAGCUCUAACUCUUGCACGCGUCUCUAAAAAAAAGAAAGAAACACUCGCAUGCACACACCUUUUCGACAAUAAUCGGAUAAUAUCGUUAGGUUUGUCUUGCGAGUAGACGCGUGUAUAAGAAGAGCGAAAACUAUCCCGAAUUACGCAGAGAAUUCUACCUUAACUGUACACCAAUUGCUAUUUCAGUUCGAACUCUUCUGCAAAACCGAAGAGUAUAAAAUGAAGAACAAUGAUGAAUGACAGUCAAUAUUACUGGAAUAAAUAUUUCCCUGUAGCUGGUGUGUGCAUGUAUAUAUGUGUGCGUUGCCAAUCUGUGGUCUCAUCUAACUGAACGUUAGAUUCACUAUUAGGAAAAUCAAAAAUGCUAGAUAAUAGACACUGUGAAAUAGCUUAACGACCGAAGCUUGGCACGACAGAUAUAUGUAUAUAAGUGAAUGUGUAGACUCCGUCCAGCGCAGUUUUUUUAUUACUUCCUCACUAGGUUAGUAUUUAUAUAAAUUGUGUACGUUUUACAUGCGAAGAAAAAGAACGUACUUAUAGUGUCAUUACUUUCUUCAUGAACAGAUGGAUGUCACUUUUUGGCAUUAAUGCAACAAAUGUGUUUAAAUGAAGAACAAGCCCAUACUUUUAAAGAUAUUUCUAAUAAGAACAAAAUUCCAUUGAAAUAUUGAUAUAUGUAUGUCAUACUUUCAUAUACAACUAUUUUUUACUACACAGGGCUUUUAAAAAGUAACGGACUCGACCCUUAUCUCAGAAUCCAUGCAUUAUUGACAAAAUUGACACGGCCACAAUUUUAAGGUUCAAAAAGUUCUGUUUUUCCGUAACUUCAGAUUUGACCUUGAGUUUGAUUUUUGGGGUCAUUCGAAGGUCAACGUUCAUCUUUCAAAUGGGGAACCCUUAUAUUCAAACUCAGAUUCGGAAAGAGCGGAAAAUUUUACGUUCAACGUAAACCUACUUCGGAACAAGUAGGUGGUCAUAAAAGAUGACCCAGGCAGAAGUUAUAGAGGUCAAAAGAGGCCAUGAAGUGAUUCGAGCUUUUCCUAGAGGUCAAUUUUUGGAUCAUUCCAAGGUCACCUCGAUUUUUCCGUAUGGAGACACCGCAUGACACUGGAUUUGGAAAAAGGUAGAUACUUGACGUUCGGAUAACUUGAUAUUUUAGGAGUAACCGAAAUCAUGGAAUGUUUUGGUAAGAGGUGGAAAUCGUGAAACACGGCUCGCUCGAAUCACCUCAUAUCCCCUUUAACCUCUACAACCUUUACCUUGGUUAUUUUUCACGACCACACCUAUGCGGAAGAUUCCAUAGUUUCGACUCUUUUGACCUCAGAAUGACUCCUAGGGAUCACGAUGACCUCAAAAACGAGACUAUAUUUGAACGUAAAAUUUUCCGAUAACGGUUCCCAUUUGAAAAAUGAAAGUUGACCUUCGAAUGACCUCUAUGGUCAAGGUCAAAGUUAAAUUUGAAGUUACAGAGAAACAAAACUUUUUGAACCUUGAAAUUAUGGCAGAGUAAUUUUUUCCAAUAAUGCAUAGAUUAUGAGGUAAGGGGCGGGCUCGUUACUUUUUGAAAACCCUGUAUAUGUUAUAUUUAUUUAAGUUAGAGUUAAACGACUGAUUUUUAUCCGAGUAAUCUGUGAUUUGAUUAUGCCCAAGUGUAUAUGCGACGAUUAACUUGCAUUUGAGAUUUCGUACAACUCAUUGGCGAUGGGCGGAUAUAGUCAUAUCAUAGCUAGUUAAAUGGAGCCAUUCGCAUCAAAUUUCGAUGUUAUGUGAAAACAUAAUCAUUCUGUGUUAUUUGCAAAGGCCACAUCACUUCUCAUUACUUAAACCGUCCUCCGCGAAACGCAUGUGCAUCGGAGUCUGAAAAAUUUAU